AUGAGUUUUCUUGUAACCUUCAGGCCCGCGUUCUUCAACUCGUGGGGAAAGGCGACUGCGGCCGCUCAGUCUCCCGUCAGGCGCACGUCGCUGGUCGAGAGCCUGCUACAAUUGUACAAGAACCAGGCUGUGUUGCUAUGUCUGGAGAACCCAAUAGAGAACGACAAAAUUAGAGGGUAUUAUCUUGAUUUGGGCAAGAAGUACGAAGAGAGCCACGCGAGACUGGAACAGGCGUCCAAGAUGGCCGAGUUCCGGUUUGUCAACUACUUGAAAGACGAACUGUAUGUGCGUUCUGAAGAGCUGGCACAAAUUGCUACCAAGCCGUCAAAAGACGACCUUUCCUGGUUGAAAGACCACUACACCCCGAAAAUCCACUCGUUCCUGGAACGGUACCAUUUUGAACGCAUCGAAACAACAUUCAAACUCAGCAACUACCUGCAUAACGACUCGCUAGUGCAGACCAUUGGUGCGCGCCAACUGGUCGACAACGCCUUAAAAUACACCCAGGACGUGCUCCAACUGAACGACUACCCGGUUCCGCAGAUCAUCGUCAACUCGAGCUCGGACUCGGCACAGCUUCAUUGUGUUGCUCCGCAAGUCCAGCACGUGCUAUUCGAGAUCCUCAAAAACUCCGCCAUCCCGGCCCUUCGCACCAACACCCCCAUCACACUCAACAUAUACCAAGACAACGGGUCCACGGUGAUCAAGAUCUCUGAUCAUGGCGGGGGAAUGACGCCAGAAAUUGCAUACAAGAUCUGGCAGUUCCACUUCACCACUGCCAAAGAACAGAAUAAGGACGAGGUCAACGGGUUCGGAAUGGGCAUACCGCUGUGCGCACUGCUCACGAAAUUCAACAAGGGCAAGCUCGACAUCGUCAACCGACUUGGCGAUGGAAUCGACGUGCUUGUCAAGCUGCCUGUCGCGUGA